GGUGAGUUUGGUGGCACGACACAGCCGCGGAGGAAAAAAAGUCGCGAUAUGCAAAGCCGAGCGCACAGCCUGCGGCCAAAUUGGGCUUAGUGCAAGGCCUCAAAAUAGAGCGAGCGCAUGUAACCCCGCGGGCGUCAGGCAGCAAGAAGGCCGGCCCUACCCUCGCGAGUUGGCGACGCAUAGGGCUCUAGUUUCUGCGGAUGAGCUGAGCCUCAGCUGGUGGUAGUGGUGCCAUGGUGUUGUCGAUCAUCCCAAUGUCACGUCAAGUGUAGCCAGCCAUCACAGCCCCGUCGUAAAUCUAGGCAGCAUUCGUUUCAAAAUUGCAGCUGAAGAGCCGCGUUAAAUACCACGCAUCGCUCCUCCUUCGCUCUCGUACUCAUUCCCCAUUCACAUCGCUCCUCCUAUCGCUUCUCAAGCUUCUGGCACACGAGCAAUACAGGCGACACAUUCCCACAACAUGUUCCAAUCGCCUCCCGUUCUCCUCGCGCCCUUCAAUCCGCCCCUCGGGCCUCAGCCGGCCAGCUACCGAGUCUACUGCCCCGAGCAAGUCACUCUCGUGCUCCGCGAGAAGGUCUUCUCCUUCUCCGGCGAUGACUUUCUCAUCCAGAGCACCGAGGGCAUGAGCGUGUGCAAAUGCAAGGGCAAGGCGAUUUCCUUGCACGCCAAGAAGCGCUUCACCGACAUGCAAGACAACGAGAUCUUCACCCUCUCCAACAAGCUCAUGAACGUCCUGAUGAGCUUCCGCGGCGAGAGCCCCGACGGCCAAGCCGACUUUGAGAUCCGAGGCCACUUUCAGGUGAUCGGCAGCAGGAGUACGGUGCACUUCCGCAAUGCCGCGGACGGGCAGCAGAUUGAGCUGGAGGUGAAGGGCAACUGGAUCGAGCGCAAGGCGCAAAUCACCUUGAAUGGAAGACCCGUGGCCAUGAUUCAGCGCUCCUUCAUGAACGCAAGGCAGGUCUUUGGAAACGCGCAGACCUACUAUGUCACGGUUGCUGCGAACGUCGACCUCAGUAUGAUCGCCGCGGCCUGUAUUGCCCUCGACGACCGCGAGAAAGGAAAACGGUGAGGGGAUGAGAGUGGGUAGGAUUGUGCGUUUAGCGGGGGGAGAGAACUGAUGUACCAACAAGGGAUUGUCCAUAGAUCAGGAGUUGUUGGAAUACUUGCUUUACUGUAGGAUAAGCUCCGUCGUAUAUCGCCAUGUUCCCUCAUCCGAUGUAACUUGUGUGUAUUGUACAGACGACACUGCAUCGCGCUUGCCAGCCGGGA